GUCCCUAUAAAAGCUCCGCUCGGCGCACUCCUAACACACUUUCCUCCAAGUUGGGGGGAGCGGCGGUUGUCCCGGACGAGUGGCACAGCCCGUGUCCGGCCCUCGCCCGUAGCCCGCCCCGCGGAGCAGCGCGCUGCGCUCGCCAUGCGCCGGCCCCGACGGCGCUGCCUCCCUGCGCUGCUGCUGGUCACGGCGGCCGCUUUGGGAGCUAAUGCUGUCACCCUGAGGAAGAGGGACAGCUUGGAUUCCUUGGAUUCCCCACUAGGCUGGGGAGGGGAAGAUGAUUACUACAGGAAGAGCGACGGGCUCUACUGCCGGAAGUGCCCCGCAGGAGAGUACAUUGCCAAGGAAUGUGAGGAGCAUAAGGGCUCUGGCAAGUGUGAGUCCUGCAGAGCCGGGGAAUACAUGGAAUAUCCAAACGCCUUCCAGUGGUGCCGGGACUGCUCGCAGUGCAGGGAAGAUCAGGUGGAGCUGAGUCCCUGCCAGACCACCAAGAACACGGUGUGUGCCUGCAGGAACGGCACCUUCUGCCCCCCGGACCACCCCUGCGAGAUGUGCCAGAAGUGCCAGCCCAGGUGUCCCGAGGGCCAAGUGGUGCUGAAACCCUGCACGCCUGACAGUGACCUCCAGUGUGGUCCUGACACGGACACCUCCCGCUCCUACCUCAAGGUCAUCAUCCCAGUGACUCUUGGGAUCAUAGCUGUGAUCCUGUUAGGGAUUGUGUUCUACAGGAAACAGCUCUGCAGCUCCCCAGGGGAUGGGAGACCCUCGAGCAGGAAGCCCUAUGAAAUGGUGAGCUCUAUGUUUCAGAAGCUGCUGUGGUGCAAGACAGAGAACGUGGGGGCAGAGGACAACAUCACCAACACCCAUGUAGAGAGGCAUCAGCAACACACGGCAGCAGAGAGACAGGAGAUGCUGCCAAGUGGGAAUGAGAGACCCUGGAGGAGUCUGGUUCCAGCACCAGAGGAUACAACCGGUGAAAUGCUGCGCCGCUCCUUUUACAUCUUCGCCAGGAAGGUGCCCAUAGAGGACUGGAAGAGAUUCGGCCACAGCCUGAACCUGGAGGACAAUGACAUCGCCACGGUCAACUCACAAGAUGAUUUCUACAACAUGCUGCGCAAGUGGCAGAACAGGGAGGGGUCCAAGGCCUCCGUGCACACACUGCUGGACACCCUGGACUGGCUCAGCCUGGGCGGCGUGGCAGAGGAAAUCUCCCUCAUGCUGAUCCAGAAUGGACUUUUUCAGGAUGCAACGAGCUGAAGGGAGCAGGGCACAUGCUGCAACUCUCUCCUUCAAGCUACAGCUGUGAAGUACUUCUCCCAAGUAUUAAGUUACUCAAGUAUUCCCACUUGAACAGUAGCUGUUUGUAGCUUUCCUGUGGCUCCUCUCCUUUUGAAGCCACUAUGAGUUCAGCUGAGCCAGGAGAAGCUGAUCCUCAUGUGAAGCAUGAGCCCCAGGGUUCUCUGCUGGAGUUACAGGUUCAGUGUUGGUUCUUCCCCGUGGAAUGCAAGCUGGUUUCUUGAUUUCACUGGGUCAACACCAAGAGUUUCAAAUAAUUUCAAUCUGCUUUGGACCAUCUCUCUUAGAAGCAUUGGUACUACCCGGAUUUCUUUGGGAUCCAUGCAGAGAAGGGCUUUUGACAUCCCUGUGCUUUUGAACUGGAUCAUGAUGUGGAGUCUUGUGUCCAAUCAAAGGAUUCCUGGUGUCAUAAUGGCUUCUGCUUCUAGAACAUCUCUAAGUAAGCUUCAUUCUGCAUGCUUGGUGGUUCUGCAAGCUCAGCUGGGGUCUUGGGUCUUUUUUUGUGAGCUAAAUGUUCUUGGUUUUGUUUUUGUUUUACAUGGUUCUGCUUGUUCUUAGGAGUCAGUUUAAAACUGCACUUGGAGGGGACAGGGGGAAUGAUUGAUUUGCACUAGGAACACUGGGGUUGCCUGGGGAAAGGGACAAUGCUGGGGUCACCCAGCCCAGCCCCCUGCCAGGGCCAGGGACAUCUUCCACCAGGUUACUCCAAGCCCCAUCCAGCCUGACCUUGAAUAUUUGCCAGGAUGGGGCAGCUUAUCUGGGCAGCCUUUCUGCCCGUGUUUACUCACCCUCAUUGCGAAACGCUUCCUCGUAAUAUCUAACAUAAUGUGAUCUUCAUUCAGUUUAAAGCCAUCCCCGUGUCCUGGCACUCCAGGCCCUUGUCCAGAGUCCCUCUCCAGCUCUCCUGGAGCCCCUUUAGGUACUGGAAGCAGCUUGAAGGUGUCCCAGAGCCUUCUCCAGGCUGGACAGCCCCAGCUCUCCCAGCCUGGCUGCAGAGUGGUUCCAGCCCUCGGACCAGCUCCGUGGCCUCUGGGUUUGCUCCAAGACCUCCACAUCCUUGUGGAGGCCCCAGAGCUGCAGGUGGGGUCUCCCCGGAGCUGAGGAGAAGGGAAAAAUCCCCACGUGGCCCUGCUGGGCCCAGGUUAGCCCCGUGGCUGCGGGGUGGCUCUGCUGUCCCUGUGUGCCCCACGAAGGGGUGAAUGCACUGAGUGUGAGCGUGACUGUGGUACCUCCUGCCCACCACAGCCCGUGGGCAGCUCCUCAAGCACUGUGCCUCACACAGAGCUCAGGGACAACUAGCUGUAAAAACAGCUGGGAAAACUACUGCAUUCUUUGAGCUGCCACCCCAGUCCAGCCCAGUCCACCAGGACCUUCCCCGGUGUGGUGGGAGGGCGCUCAGCACCCUUCCUGCUGCUCCCGUUCUCCCCCACCCUCCAACACGACAAGCAGGAAUUUUGUACUUAUUUAUUUAGCAAUUGUAAACAUUACAUAUAUUAACUUAAAAGUGAUAUAAAAAUAUUGGUUUUUUGUUAUGCAUGGUUGUGUGUUUUGUACAGAGCUCUGGCCCAGCCAGUUUGCUUUUCCAGUUUUUUACAUUUCUCUGUUUAUGAAGGGUUCACUUUUAAAAAAAAAAAA